AUGUACGGCUUGGCGUGUGCUGCAGCAAAGGCCACUGCAACUGCAGCAGGUCCACUCAGACUCUCUGCUGCUGCGGCAGAGGCAAGCGAGGGCAGCAGGGCAGCCAGCAAAUGCGGUGUACCGACGUUCGUAGACUCCUUCGGAGGUGCUGGCUGCGCCGCUAUUGGUGUCGCAGCUUCCGUCACAUCCUCGGGGGGAGGCACAGCAGCCCAUGCUGCUGCUGCUCCUGACACGGCGAGGGGUGUGCUUCAUGCUUCUGGGAGUAGUGCAUUGCCAGACUUGUUCCGAUCAUGGCGACAUCGCGGAGAGGCCACAGGUGUAAAAGGGGCGCACAGUGCUCUGCGACUUUGCCCAGCUGCUGCUGUCAUUGCGGUUGGUCUCAAUCAUGCAUCUCCUGGGGUUACUGCUGCCCUUGUGCGAUCUGCCUCCUUGGCCUCGGUUUGCCACGCUGCUGCUGGUAGUUCUGCUGGAUUUCAGAGCAAUCAAUCCUGGAGAGUCAGGGCCUCAGCUUUAUGCUUUUUAGACCAAUAUUUGAAACAGCUAGCUACAGCUAGCUACCGACAAAGGCAGAGAGGCUAUGCAGGAACAGCGAUGCUAGAUGUCGCUGCUGAAAAGCCUCGAGGUGUCUCUCUAGCUACCUUACUACAAAGGCAAUUGCGCCUCAUGUACGCAGAGGGAGAUAGAGCUUCAUCCCUGCAUGAGGCACCAUGGCACACUAGGUCUUGUGCUGGCAAUACUGCUGCCGAGGAAUAUGAGGGCAGUUACCCCUUCAGGCCUCGUAUCUCCGCCGAGUCACAGAUCCUUGCUGCUGCUGCCGCCGCAGUGAGACCAGUAGCAGAAUCAGCGGCAGCAGGAAACUGUAAUAGCGUUCAUUUGAGGCUAUAUUACAAUGGUCUUGAGGCAAAGCGGAAGAAGCAAGAACAAAAGACCUUGUUGCGGCGGCAGCAGCUGCUGCAGCAAAAGGCAGCCUGCAGCGCUCCUUCCAGCAGCAGCAGUGGCACUUCAAGCGGGCGUCUCAUUUCGCAAAUGCUAUACGAAGAUGCGCUGAUACGGCGUGAAAAGCAACAGCAACAGCUGACUAUGCUGCAGGAGCAGCAGCAGCGCCUGAGCAGCAGUUCUAAACUAACAGCGGCAUCCCUUCGUAUCUUUAAUCAACGCCUUUUUAAGGCAAUAAAGUAA